AUGGGGGACCUCCGUCCGGAUCCUGCAUCCGAGGCCGAAUCCGUGUUCCCGCGGGAGGUCGGGCUCUUCGCCGACUCCUACUCGGAGAAGAGCCUGUUCUGUUUCUGUGGGCACGUACUGAGCAUCACACAGAACUUCGGGUCCCGCCUUGGGGUGGCAGCGCGCGUGUGGGAUGCGGCUCUGACCCUGUGCAACUAUUUCGAAAAUCAAAAUGUGGAUUUCCGAGACAAGAAGGUGAUCGAACUGGGCGCGGGGACCGGCAUCGUGGGGAUCUUGGCGGCGCUGCAGGGGGGGGAUGUUACCAUCACCGACCUACCCCUGGCCCUAGAACAGAUCCAGGGCAACGUCCAGGCCAAUGUGCCAGCUGGAGGCCGGGCCCGGGUCCGUGCCUUGUCCUGGGGGAUUGAUCAGCAUGUCUUCCCUGGCGACUAUGACUUGGUGCUGGGGGCUGAUAUCGUGUAUCUGGAGCCCACCUUCCCACUGCUGCUGGGGACCCUCCAACACCUGUGUGGGCCUCAUGGCACCAUCUAUCUGGCCUCCAAGAUGAGAGACGAGCAUGGGACAGAGAGCUUCUUUCAGCACCUCCUGCCCCAGCAUUUCCAACUGGAGCUGGCCCAGCGGGAUGAGGAUGAAAAUGUCAACAUCUAUAGGGCCAGGCACAGGGAACCAAGACCUGCUUGAUGUUACCCUUCUUCUUCUUCUCUGAGUCCCUUGUCCUAAUGAAGGAACAGCCAUAUCUCCAAAGCCAGAAACAUAAGGACCAAAAAGGAUGGAUUUCCCUUGCUUCUCUCUUUCCUCCUUCCCUCUUAGUUCCCCCAGAUACUCUUGGGUUGGUGCAGGGAGGUGCCUGCUUGCUAGGAAUCCUCGAGCUCUAGCAGCACUGGGUUAGAGCAUAAGGGAAGUUCCCAGCUCGUGUUCUCAGCAAAGGAUGAUCGAGGGUAUCCAGGGUUUUUAGUAGGGGAAGGGAAGGUAAAUGGGAUGUGAGAGCAGUGGUUGCAGAGCGACCAUCACUGAUCACUUCCAGUCCUGCUGUUGUCUUUUUAUACAGAAAAGAUUUUUUUUGUCCUCACCCAAGGACAUUUUGUUGUUGUUGAUUUUAGAGAGAGAGGAAGAGAGAGAGGGAAGCACUGAUGUGAG